AUGACAUCCUCCAUUCGCAUUCACGUCGCCAUCCUCGUGUGUGACACGCCUAUCCAGCCUGUUCUCAGACAGUAUGGCGACUACUUCACAAUAUUCCAAGAACUUUUGAGGCAAGCCUUCAAAGACUUGGAAAUAUCCAAGGAUUUUGGAGAUAUUACGGUGGGAUUUAGUGAGCAUCAGAUGGUGGACAACAACCGAUUUCUUGAUCUAGAGAAGGUUGACGCAGUUCUUCUUACUGGAAGCAAACACGAUGCCUGGGGUGAUGAUCAAUGGAUCCGCGACCUUACAACCAACGUUCGUGAGACCGUUUUAACACACAAGAAGCCUGUAGUUGGGAUUUGCUUCGGCCAUCAGAUUCUUGCUCGGGCGCUGGGAGCCCGAGUUGGCAGAAACGAAGCUGGAUGGGAGAUUUCGGUUGAGAAGCUCACCCUGACUGAGGCCGGGAAGAAACUGUUUGGAAAGGAUACGCUGAGCAUUCAACAAAUGCACCGGGAUAUUGUCUUUGAUUCUCCAGUCGGUUUCGCGAAUCUCGCUUCAAGUCCAAAAUGUGAAGUUCAGGGUCUUUACUUGCCCAAGCAAGUGCUAUCGGUACAAGGACACCCGGAAUACAAUGAAGGUAUCAUGUCAUGCCUCCUCGAAGCCAGACAUGAUAAUGGGAUCUUUGAUGAUGAACUGUAUAACACUAUCAGAUCAACCGCGGCACCGGCUCCGCGCUAUAAAGUCCUCCUCUCCCCACCUUCGGGAUUCCACUCUUUUUUAUCCCAGACCAAAUACACAACCUACGCUAUGUCAAACCAAAUUCGUACUAUCUGCCCUUCGACGCACGAGGUCAUUUUUGACCAGCCUGGUACUUCACUCAAUGAAGCUAUUAAAGUUGCUGCUGCCUCAAAGCAAGCCUUUGAGUCCUACAGAACAACCUCUCUGGAGGAUCGGAAAAGCAUUGUGAAACGAGCACUAGACAUUAUUGAGCAGCGCCGCGAUGAUUUGGCUAGAGAACUGACUGCCCAAAUGGGGCGACCCAUUCGGUACUGUGCAUCUGAGAUCAACACCAUGCGUCUGCGCGCCGAAUACUUGAUGGAUAUUGCCGAAGAUAGCCUGUCCGAUCUCCCUGGUCGGCCAGAAGCCGGCUUCCGGCGAACGGUUAAGCGUGUUCCCGUAGGACCAGUGCUUAUUGCGAGUGCUUGGAAUUAUCCUUACUUGACUACUGUCAAUGCUCUUGUUCCAGCGCUUCUUGCUGGUAACAGCGUUAUCCUGCGCCCUUCACCACAGACCCCGCUAUUUGGAAAUAGACUACUCGAGGUCUUUACUGAGGCAGGGCUCCCACCUCAGGUCCUUCAGAUCAUCCACAUUGGAAAUCUGGAUGUUUUGGACCAGGUAGCACAGAUUCCCGAGAUCCAGUCUGUCUCAUUUACCGGAUCAACUGCAGGUGGGAUCAGACUUAGGGAGGCAACCGCCCAUCACAUCAAGCCCGUCAACCUCGAGCUUGGCGGAAAUGAUCCUGCAUAUGUUCGUCCGGAUGUCGACGUAAAGCACGUUGCAGAGCAACUUGUGGACGGAGCUGUUUUCAAUUCGGGGCAGAGUUGCUGUUCCAUCGAACGGGUAUAUGUGCAUGAGAAGAUUUACGACGAAUUUGUUUGCGCUGUGCAAGAGGAGCUGAAAUCGUAUAAGCUUGGUGAUCCGCAGGAUCAGAGCACAACCACAGGCCCUGUCAUCUCAACGCAGGCCGUGGAGAAGAUUACUGCUCACGUCAAGGAUGCAAUUGCUAAAGGAGCUGUCAACUCUACUCCUCAGAACCUAAGUUUUGAGGUGGCGAGCAACCCUGAGAUCCAAAAGGGUAACUUUGUUUCUCCGGUUGUUUUGACCAAUGUCAACCAUACCAUGGCUACGAUGAAGGAAGAGACUUUUGGUCCUGUGAUGCCAAUCAUGAAGGUCUCUAGCGAUGACGAAGCUGUUACAUUGAUGAAUGACAGUGAUUAUGGUCUGACGGCGAGCGUCUGGACGAAGGAUAUCACUCGCGGAGAGGAGUUGAUUGAUCGCAUCGAGGCUGGGACAGUGUUCAUUAACCGCUGUGACUAUCCAAGCCCGGACCUUGCCUGGAUCGGCUGGAAGACAUCAGGUUUGGGAUGCACUCUUGGCCCACGAGGAUACGAUGGAUUCGUGAAGCUAAAGAGCUACCACAUCAAGGAUGGCUCAGCAUGA